AUGGCUCGACAACAGGCCAUGUCAAUGGAGGCGAUGCUCGACGAAGAGCGAAGAGAGGUGCUUGCGCUGCUAGAGGGGAAUUCGAACCAGCGGCCCAGAGCUCCCAGCUCGCUAGGCGCGCGCUCUCCAUCCCCUUACACGUCGCCGCGGUCUCCGGUGCGCAGCAUGUUAGAUAUUGGUGAUAGCCCUUCAUCCCUUACACUCCUGUCUCCAGCGUCUCCAAAGAGUCUGGCUACUAAGACAACUUCCCCGCCAUUAGCCCCUGUGAGGAGCAUGCUCGACGUCGACAGCCCACCGCCACCGCCAGUCCGGAGCAUGCUGGAUAUUGACACCCCACCCGGCGCGAAGCAGGUGCUGAGCACACCCUCAUCACCCACUGACUCGAGUUCCCGCUCUCACGGAGCGACUAACACGCACCCGAGGAGCAUGUCGGAUGCUGCAAUCCGGCCAGUCGACUUCGGGCCACGGUCGAUGGGCACUCGGCAUGACCCAACUUCGGAGUACCAGUUCUCUGGGAUCAUCACCAACACGGGUCAAGCGCUCCCAAAACGGGUCACGCAGGGAGGCAAACGUGCUAGCGCUAUGGCCGAAGUAAUGAGAGGAAACGAUGUAGCCGGCUUGGUUCUCCCUGGCGAUCGAGGCCGUCAUCAUUCAGUCGCCGGGCCCUCAAUGCGGCUUCAGAACAAGUCGAAGUCGCCGCAUAAUCGGUUUGGCCUUCGGUCUCACUCCCCUAAGGCGUCCCCGCUCUUGGGUCGCACACUGAGCCCUGCCGGACGGGCAAUGCUCGGUGACAAUCAGACUGUCGAUUAUAACAAUGCCUACAGGCACCUUUCGGAUGCUGCCCUUGCCCGCUCCGGAGGCAGCCUGUCGGAGCUUGGGUUGCGGAAGCGGUCAGACGAUUCGCCUGGGACCGGAAGACUAGCUAAGGACUACCUGGGCCCAGACGGUGAGCUACUUGCCGAAGAUAGCAGCGAUGAUAAUGGAGGGAGCUCGUCUGAGGAGGAUGAUCGCGGGAGGAAGGCUGCCCGAAAUUUUGAUAAGCACAAGCCGACGAACGGGUCCGAGUCUCCCGAAUCACCGAGGAAGGUGCGCAGCCUGCUCGCGGCUGCCGAGGAAGAACGUAUCCAGGUAGCGGCGCAACAGCCAGCGUACCAGUACAGGUCGCUUCUUGAUGAGCCCGAGAUAACAGUGACUGCGCCAUCUGGCGAGCGGUUGAAGCACAACAAAACUGUCAUACACCCAGCCACCAGCUUUGAUCUUCCCCCUAGGUCCGGCUCUCGCACACCCGUAGACUCGGAUACGGAGGCGGAUCUCACGGACAUCAAGCGAGCACAGAAGCUGUCCUUCUCCAUGACGCAGAUCAUGGACACGCCCGAGUCUCACCGGACAAUCCAAAUCAUCACACGGGGCGAGUAUGCGAAGCUCGUUCGAGAAGCCGAAGAAGAGCACCGGCCUCCCCGCAAGUACCUGGUGGCGACCGACUUGAGCGAUGAAUCGACGCAUGCGCUCGAAUGGGCCAUUGGCACGGUGCUCCGCGACGGGGACACCCUCCUCGCCAUCUAUUGUGUUGACGAGGAGACAGGGGUCAUAGCAGGGGACGGCAACUCGGUGGUGCCCGAUGAGCCCAAGGCUAUGAAGGAGCAGGCAGCAGCUAUCAAUGCGGUAGCGGCCAGCAAGACGCCCGUCACGCCGAGCGGGACCAACCUGCCACUCCACACGCGCACCACACCGUUCUCACACAUGUCGGAUGCGAGCACGUCCCCCGCACCGUCGAGCAGGGAGCGCAGCAAGGCUGAGGAGGAGAGAUACCGCGCGGUGCAUGACAUUAGCGAGCGCGUGACCAAGCUGCUGCGGAAAACGAGGCUUCAGGUCAGGGUUAUUGUCGAGGUGCUGCAUUGCAAGAACCCGAAGCAUCUGAUUACCGAGGUGAUUGACCUGGUGAGCCCGACGCUGGUCAUUCUGGGAAGUAGGGGAAGGAGUGCGCUCAAAGGUGUCAUCCUGGGCUCGUUUUCCAACUACCUGGUUACCAAGAGCUCAGUACCAGUUAUGGUAGCCAGGAAGCGCCUGAGAAAGCAAGGCAAGUAUAAGCGGGUACCGUCUACUAAGCAGAUCAACAACCUCCAUAACCCCGUGGCGAGGAGUUUGGCAAAUGCCAAGAUUGAUUAG